AUGACCGCCGCGCCUACCUCUCCUCAGCCUAACGGCUCCACGCCCCUCUCCCCUUCAUCCUCCACAUCCGUCUUCAACGCUCUCGGAUCGUACGCCGACCGGAUCCGCGACAAGGACAUGACGGACGGUCUCAGCCCCAGCACCUCUGCUGGCGGCGCGAGCAGCAGCAAGAAAUCACCCAAGCCCUCCAAAUCCACCGAAUUGCCAAACGGCACCACGUCACAUCCCGCUGCUGCGUCGUCGAGCAGUACGUCGAAGCCCCGCGAGGCGAAAUCGAACGCCAUGCCGCCUCCGCCACCGCCCAAGGCUGCUCCGGCACCAAGAGGGCGUGCAGUUAAGGAAAAGGAAGAGAAGGAACCCGAGAAGGCUCAGGGACAGGAGGAUGAGGGAGCAUGGGAGACUGUACCAGCUGGCAAGCCAAGGCGGAAGGAGAAGGAGGGAACGGCCAGUACGAAUUGGCGUGACCGGCCCAAGGAGAAGAGGGACUCGAGUGCAUGGCGGAAUGGGGAUGACGAGAAGGUCAGGGGUGAAGGGAAGAAGAAGGGCGGACAAGCCGCAGGGGCGUCAACGACAAGUGCGAGGUCAACGAGUACGCACGCCGUCCCGUCCUCAUCCUCCACCUCCGCCACACCCUCGACCACUGCCCGGGCGGCAUCCGUCACUCCUGCUUCCACGACACGGAAAGCAUGGGGUAUCGUCACUCCCUCUCCGACUGUUCCGAUCGCUGCUUCUCCCCUUGCGUCCACGUCCAAACCACGCGUCGGUACCCAGACCCCUCCCUCCGCCGCGCCGUCCAAGGCAGUCCCGACUGAGACACCCAAGAGCACGCCUUCGGCGAGAACGACCACCCCACCCUCUCCUUCGGUCAACGGCGCAAGUACCGCCGUCAAUACAUCCGUCACUGGCAGCGUUGCCAGUCCCAACCUGUCGGCAACGGCCGAAACCGCCAGUACGGCCACGAUGGUCACGCCUCGCGGCGGACUAGAGGAGGACGAAGACUGGCGCAUCCGGCCGCGGAAGUUGAGCGCGGAGAUGAGUGCGGUGACUCCAGAGUCGGAAACUGAGAGGGCUGAAGUGGCGGAACCGGAGGUCAAGGAGACGCGUCCUGCUCAGGCAGCACCCCCACCGUCGACCAAUGCGUGGGCGGAGCGGAGAAAAGCGAUGGGAACGACGAAUCAAGCACAAGCUGCACCGGCGCCAAAUCCUUCCUUCCCAGCUGCUUCGUCCAGCGACAGUAUCGCCAGCAAGACGAGUACGAUCACGCCUUCGCCGUCAGUGACAACGGCGAGCAAGACGGCGGGACCGGAAAAGAUGCUGUUCGGUUCGGUGGAGAUCAGCGAGAGCAAGGGGAUGGUGAAUGGUGCAAGCGCAGGGCCCGCAGUGGGCGGAACGGACGGCGUCAAGGUCGCCGCCCCGAAGAAGAAGAAGCAGGCGCAAGGGGGUCAACGGCAUGUGGUGGAUACGAAUGCGUUCCCGGAUCUUGCUCAGGCGGUGGCACAACCAAAGAAGGUGGAGAAGAAGGAGGGCAAGUCGGAGGAGAGCAGUUUGGUGGACGAUGCCGGAGCGCCACGCAAGACAAAGUGGACUGCCAUUCCCGCUACCGAGCUGCUCGCUGCAGCUGACGAGGCCAAACGGCACGCUCAAGCCGUAGCGAACCGCCUAAAACAUCAACAACAAGCCCAAAACCAGACCAGUGGACAAUCUCGAGCCCCUAUCACUACCACUAGCGCGAGCGCCAUCCUCUCCGAAUCGUCUCUCUCGCCCAAGGUCCCCCGCAAAAGGUCGGCCGAGGGCAAGAAGGGCCGAGCGAUACGUUCGGGGUCGAACGGUGCGAUUACGCUUCCACCAAACCCUAUGCGUCGGGGCAGCGGGAGUACGGUUGGUGGAACGAGCGUCGCUGGGUUGGGGAUGGGCAAGCCUGUCUUUGGGUCGUUCAGGGGCAUGGAGGGGGAGGAACAGGCGACUGGCCUGGCGCCGUCGGGCACGGUCAAUGGAGGAUCAUCGGCACCGAUGUCCCGGCAAAGUACGAGUCAAGGGCCGAGCCCUCAGCGGAGUCGUACGCAGUUGCCCUCGCCAUCGACGGAGGGAGCGGAUGUGGGAUCGACCAUGGCGAGCGAGAUUGCGGCAUUGCGGAUGGGCGCGCCGUCAUUCAAUGGCGCCCCAGGCGGGAUGAUGGGUAGCACUACGGCCCCGAUGCCCCAGUCUGGCUUCCCUACAUCAUCGGGCGCAAGCGCUCCCCGCUCGGUGAGGCCGCCCAGACAAUCAUUCUCCGGCGGCCGAGGUCGCGGGGCGUAUCGGGGCGGUUUCAAGUCGGGUAUGGCGGGCGCGAUGAACCCCGGGACGGGCGAGGUGUACAUGUCCAAUGGAAAUGGAAAUGGAAAUGGAAACGGAUAUCCAAGGGGUGCGGGAGGUUACUCAACAUUCGUACCGCAGGCCGGGCAAAUCGGUGCGAGCGGCCAGAACGGGUAUGAACCCAAUCAAGGGAUGUACGCCGUCUGGGAUCCGGUACAGGGGUACGCGAUGCCUUCGGGCAUGUAUGGGACGCCGGGCGGGGCGCAGAGACAGACACUGCCGAUGCCCCCGCCGCCUAUGCCUGUCACGCAGGCGGCUGGGCUGGAUGCGCUGCGGUUUUACGUCCUGGGACAGGUGGAGUACUACUUCUCAAUGCAGAAUCUCGCGAUGGACUUCUUCCUCCGGCAACAGAUGGACUCGGAAGGCUGGAUCGACAUUGCCAUGAUCUCCUCCUUCAACCGCAUCAAGUCCCUCACCCCCGACGUGUCCAUCAUCAAGGAGAUGAUGGCCGUCUCUGCGCUCCUCGAGGUCCGGGACGAUAAAGUCCGGUUAUCGCAUGGCGAGUCCAAGCGCUGGGUGUUACCAGACGCGAAACCCUCCCCGUUUGUCGAUGAUGGCACUGGAGAGAGUGCGGGGACGGGGGAGGAAGGGGAUGGUGGAUUGGGGCUGAGCGUCGGGUGGGGGAGUAUACCGAUUGAGAAUGGACAGGGGAAUGUGAUGGGCUUGGGGAUGGAAGAUCGGACGGGGUUCGCACAGGGGGUGGAGAACGCCCUGAUGAAGUCGAGUAGCUCGGCGCCGUCUGUUGCGGCCGGGGCUGGGGCGAAGGCGGCGGAAAGCGAGGGCGAGGGUGACGAAAAGGAGGAUGGGAAGGAUAUCAAGAUGGACUUGGAGGGAGGGAAAGACGGGGAGCAGGAAAAGAGCACAGUGACGAGUGCAAGUAGUGAUACGGCCGCGGAGCAGGUUGAGCUGAGAUGA